AUUGACAUGUAAAUUAUACAUUCAUAAGUCCGUCACUGAUUGACUUUGCCUUUGUCUUUGUCUUUGUCUUUGUCUUUGUCUUUGUCUUUGUAUUGCUCUGGUCAUUCUAUUUUAAUUGGUUGGCUGGCUCAUGGUUGGCAAGAUAGUCUUUGUUGAUUUAGUUGUCGUUCAGUGUUGAGAAGGUGAACAAUAUUCGUCAGAAAAUCGUCACGAAAAACAAAAUAUUACCGGUUUUUAUUCAGCGCAACAGAAAUUUUUUUUCAACAAACUUGUCAGCUCCGCAAGAUGAGCAAAAUACUUUUUUUGUUCGUGUGUUCGAUUGUGAUUUUUUGCGAUGCACAGUCACAAGUGGACGUAGACAAGUUGUUUCAUGCCAAUCCACCAUCAUUAUCACCAAAUAGACCUCCAAAUGUCCAAAGGCCACUACAAGCACAAGCUCAAAGCAUUGAUUCAACCAAUCCCAUAUUUGAGUCCGAUGAUGAAUUAAAACCAUACAGAGGAUCACGACACGAUGAAUUUGAUUGGGCACUAACAAAAAAAGUUUUGGAUACCAAUGAGCAAGAAAAUACUGUGGUUUCACCAUUCCUUGUGAAAUUGCUUCUAUCGAUAUUGGCCGAAGCAGCUGGACAAGACACUAGUACACAUCGAGAAUUGUUAACUAUUCUGCCAAGCAUUCGUACUGAAGAAGAGAUUCGUGAAUUAUAUGGAAGAACAUUCGGCUCUCUUUUAAAAGAAAGUUCGGACUAUGAGUUAAAUUUAGGAGCAAAGUUGUUCGUAGACAGAUUUAUUCAACCACGACAAAAGUUCGCCGCAAUUAUUAAAUCUUUCUAUUAUUCUGAUGUUGAAUCCGUAGACUUUGCGCGUUCACAAGAAGCCGCUAAUAUAAUUAAUUCUUGGUGCGCAAAUGCAACAAAAAAUCACAUUAAUGACAUUGUGACUCCCGAUGACGUAGCACGUUCGGUGAUUUUGCUCAUAAACACAAUUUAUUUCAAUGGAUAUUGGAGCAAACCAUUCGCUGAAAAUCAAACUGUUGCUCGAAAUUUCAACAUAAACUCCAAAGCAUCUUUGCCUGCGAAUUUUAUGACCAAAACGGAUGAUUUCUACUACUCUGAAUCAACUGAAUUAGAUGCCAAAGUUCUACGACUCCCAUACAAAGGCUACAAAUUCGCCAUGUACAUAGUUUUACCGAACAAAGUAGAUGGUUUAGAUGAACUUAUCUCCCGGGUCGACAGUUCGUAUCUUCAUCGCACCCAAAUUCUUAUGGAAAAGGUCGAGGUCAAGGUGUCAAUACCCAAGUUCAAGUUCACCAACACUGUUAAACUGAACGAAAUCUUGAAAGCUCUCGGCAUCCGGCAAAUGUUCACUCUUCAAGCUUCAUUCCCGCAACUAGUACGUGGAAAUGUGGUUCAAGAUCGCUUGCAGGUUUCAAAUGUUCUACAAAGAACGGGUAUUGAAGUAAAUGAAAAAGGAAGCACCGCGUAUGCAGCAACCAUUGUUAGCUUAGUAAAUAAGUUUGGCGCAAGCAUUGAAUUUAAUGCCGAUCGGCCGUUUUUGUUCUUGAUUGAGGAUGAAACUACCAGUACUUUGAUCUUCACCGGAAAGGUUACUAAACCAGAAUGAAAGAAUGUGUCAAUUGAAUGUCAAAUACUCAGAAUAUUUUAAAGUAAAGCAGAGAAUGAAAAUAAAAAUAAAUAAGAAUUUA